AUGAGGGGAUGCCUCACAUGUCGUCUGCGCCAUCUGAAAUGUGACAAAUCAGGAACGAAAUGUCUGCGCUGCCAGCGAUCUGGCCGCGAAUGCGUGCCUGCGCCGGGGAAAUCUGAGGAAGUUUCCUUUCGGCAUGGUCAGAAUCCUUCCUUGCGAGGAAAGGGGCCCCCGAGGUACGGGGAGAGCGACUUGACUUUUCCUGAUGACCAAAUUUGGGUCGAAACAUCCUCAGAAUAUUCUUUCAAAGAUGAAACCAACCAGACCGCGUCGGAGUAUCACGUCGUGCCGACGGCGAGCAAUAAAUCGCUCUCCAGGUCACCGUCCGAAGCUCGCUCUACCUCCUCGUCCACUAUGGACCCUUCUUUACCUAGCUCAAGCACCAGACUUCCACUUUACAUCGCAGACUCUCAAGCCGGGACACGCUCCAACUCGGCCAACUCACCUCGAUCAUCUAGCACAACCCCUUGUCAACCACGACUGGCAAGCGUAACGGAAGCUUACCUACUCCGACAUUUCCAAAUCCAUCUAGCGCCUUGGCUCGACGCGGGCGAUCCUGAACGACACUUCUGCGCAGAUGUAGCCGGGCGAGCUAGCUCAUCCCCACUGCUGCUGUACGCCUGCCUGGCUGUAUCAGCAUGCCAUCUAUCCCGAACGGCAAACACGAUCUCCCCCGAGGUCGCAGACAGCUAUCAUGAGCGCUGCGUCUCAAUCAUGCUCCCAGUCCUCGACAAACCCGAGUUUGAAAUCGGCCUCGACAUCCUCCUAAGCUCAACCGUGAUCCUCCGCUUCUUUGAACAGAUCUCCUCCCACACCCCCUCGAACGACCCGCAACGCCACCUCCUCGCCGGAUCCGUCUAUAUCAGCUCACAUGUGGACUGCGCUAUUUCACCCGGCCUCACGUCGGCUUCCUUCUGGGUCUUCGUAAUCCAAGACAUUCAAUUCGCGCUUACGUACCAGAAAUGUCUUCGCCUGAGCUUCGCGCCAUUUGAUGAUCGGCUUCGUCGUUGGUGGGUCGCCAAGCCGUGUACCGAGCGCGACUGGGUUAACCGAGCGAUUUGGCUUCUUGCCGAGACCGUGGAGUUUUGCUAUAAUGUCUCGGGCCGGAAUUAUUGUGGUCAUCUCGGCAUUGCGGGGGAGAAUGCGCUGAAGCAAAGGAUUCGGGACUGGGAGACUGGGAGGCCGGAUACAUUUACGCCGUUGCAUGUAUCACCACCAGAUCAUGGGAGAGGGAAGCCGUUUCCUGUGGUUUGGUACACGAGUUUAUGGCAUUCUACGGCUAUGCAGCAUGUAUGUCUUGCCAAGGCGCUGCUGCUGAUUCGCGAAUUCGAAGUAUAUGACAGGGGGUUGAUGUCUGCCGAGCAUCACAUGUACAUCAAGGAACAAAUCUCAGACAACCUGAAUUACCUUUGGGGCAUUGCUCUGUCGGCAGACGACGAGCCAUCUUUGCGGAUCAUGGCUUGUCAUGCAUUGUGUGCUUGCAGCUCAUGGAUCGAUGAUCCUCAGGCGCAGAAUCUAUUAUUUGAUCUGCUCCGCCGUACAGAACGGGAUAACGGAUGGCCGUGGGCUUACGUGGAACAGCGGAUUCUGCAAACGUGGCAGGGGAGUCCGAGGUGA